AGAGAAUAUGAAUCUUAAACAGGCACCAUGCUCAGCACAGAGGCACAUGCUGGGCUCAACCCACGACUUUGGGAUCAUGACCUGAGACAAAAUCAAGAGUCCAGUGCUCAGUGGACUGAGCCACGCAGGUGCCCCCAAUAGUUUUCUUUAAAAAGUUGAGUUCAUGGUGUGCCUGGGUGGCUCAGUCAGUUAAGCAUCCAACUUCACCUCAGGUGAUGAUCUCAUGGCUGGUGAGUUCUGGCCCCACAUUAGGCUCUGUGCUGACAGAGCCUGGAGCCUGCUUUGGGUUCUGUGUCUCCCUCUCUCUCUGCCCCUUCCCGGUUUGCACUCUCUCUCAAAAAAUUAAACAUCAAAAAAAUAAAAAGUUGAGUUCAAAAAGAAUAGUACUCUAUUAAAUGAUGCAAAUAAUAGGUUUUUAUUUUUCACUGGAGAGUGAAGUUGACUUUUUCUAAAAAUAAGUUCCUGAGUCACUGAAAAAAAUUUUUUUUAAUUUCACACAUUUUGUCAUCUGUCCAAAUUGGCAGAAUUUCUGUAGUACUUUCUUUUCUUCUUUUAGUGGUUUAGGGUGCAGUCUUAGAAAUCCCAAGUUAGCCAAAGUUCCCUUGACUGAGGCAUUCCUAAUACUCUUCAGUCACAUGCUUAUAGAUACUUCUGUGGAUUAUUUCUCCAGAAAGAUAGUCAUUAAAUUAUGUAGAUUUUUAAGUAAGUCUUUCUUGUCAUCUCUAUACCAUAGGUUAAGGGGUACCUCACUAUAACCCCAUAGGCUGACAAUGACUAAUAAACUAAGCAGUUGUUUUUAAUGGAACUUUUGGGUUUUUUUGUACCUAAAAUAAUGAAAGAUAAGAAGCCUUGUUUAGGAGGCUUAGGCCUGUGGAGUUUUGUUUUUAAGUGAGAGUGUUUUAAGUAAGUCUCCUUAGUAUUAGUGGUUCUUCAUCAGAGUAUGCCACUGAAUUACUGACUAAAUAUAAAACAGGUGAACUCUGGACCCCAUCCUAUUUUUGAUUGGUUAGCUUUAGGGCAAAUAUGUUUUUUUGUUGUUUUUUUGUGGGGUUCAGUUUCUUAACUCUAAGUAGUAGAUGCUCAUGAUACGGUUUUAAGCUCUGCAGAAGGCAGAAAGUCAAUACUAGAUUGUACUCUACAAGGUAACCAUUGUUAAUGAUUUCUUAACAUUUUUCCAGAAAUUACGUAUGUAUAUGUAAGCCUGUGUGAGUGUUUUUUCCACAAAUGUGUUCACAUUAUACACACUGUUUUGCAGUUAUGCACUCAGCAUUAUAUAUAGAGAGCUUUCCAUAUCAUUGCACAUAAAUUGUGGUUGGUUCAUUUAUGUUUACAUGUCCCCUGUUAGACAUUUAAGUUAUUUUCAGAUUUUGUGUGGGUUUUUUGGUCUUGUUUUGUUUGCUUCUAUCAACUAGGCUGCAGUGAAUUUCCUUGCAUACUGUCUUUGCAUGCCUGUGUCCUUUUAUUUUCUGAAGGAUAAGUUUUACAUGUAGGAUUGCUGGCCUAAGAAUAUUUCCGUUUUGAAGUUUAAUAGAAAAUGCCAAUUGGUUCCCUAGAAUUGUGCUGAUUUGCUUGCACUCGUCCUAACAUAGAUGCUUCUUUCCGUACACACUCACCAAUCCGUUACAAUCUGUCAAUCUAAUGUGCAUAAAGAGGGUAUCUAAUGUUUAAUUUUUAUUUCUUUAGUUGUGAUUAUUGUUAAAAAUUGUAUCCUAUCUUUCUAAUUUUUGUACUUUUUUCUCUAAACAUCCUCCUUGUAUCUUUGCUCAUUUUGCUAUCAGAAUAUGCAUUUUUCUUAAGUGUAAAAGCUGUUUGUGUAGUGGGGAAAUUUGUUCAUUGUUAUGUAUGUUUUUCUAAUAUAUUGUCUUUCUACUUUAUAGUAUUUUUUACCAUAUAGAAAUAUUAAAGGUUUAUUAUUCAGAUUAUUUUCUCUUUGAGGCAUAUUUGUGUAUUUGCACAAUAUUUUAGGAUUUCCUACAUAUGAUGAACACAUGUUCCAGUUUGCCCCUGUUAUCCUAGUUUAAAUAUUAAGAGUGCUUCUAUUCACUCUUACAAAAUUCUCUUUUGGAUAAAAAAUUAUAUGGCUAUCAAGUUCUUAAAGUAUAUAUUUUGAAAAAUUUCCUAGGUGAUCCUGAUUAAGUACCAUUGGUUUACUGUUUUAAAUGAUAAAUUCUUAGGAUAUGUUCCCCAAGAUAUAUUCCCUCUGUACUGUUCUAUGAUAAAUAUAUUGCACUGUGGAGUACAGAAGGCAUUUUCAGAUGCAAGAUAAAAUAACAUACAAAGAAGAAAAUAUGCAGAAAAUUUUGGUAAAACCUACUCUUAAACCCUGUAUUUUCCUCAGAAUUAUCAGAGAAUGCUGCAAAUAAUGGGAAAAUAAAAAUUGAUGGACAAGAAUAAAGUUCAUCUGAGUGAAAUGUUUUUCUAUAUUUUAUGUUGGGAAAUCAGUGUGACUUUCUCAAGGAUAUGUGUAGAUAUCUCAGGAAGCUUUUUUAUUUUUUUACAGUCAUUCAAUAAAGUAUAUUAAACAUGAUUUGUAGGUCAGUGAUUUAUCACAAAGAGAACAUAUAUUUGUAACCACUACAUAUGUCAAAGUUCCCUUUGUGCCUCCCCACAAAGGGUAGCUAUAAUCCUGACUUCUAUCAUCAUAUUAGCUCUGCUUGUUUUUGAAGUUUAUUUAAGUAGAAUUAUACAUACAGUAUGCCUUCUUUUGUGUGAGAUUUAUUCUUGUUUUGUGUGAGGCUGUAUUUUGUUCAUUUUCAUUGAUUUCUAAUAUACUAGAAUGUGAAUAUAGCACAACUUAUUCUACUGUUGGAAGUGUGGUUUGCAUCUAGUAUUUUGGUUUACUAUAGCUAAUGCUGCUAUUAGUAUUGUUAUAUAUAUCUUUUGAUGUGUGUAUGCAUUCAUUUUUUUGUGCAGUUAUUUCUAGUAGUAUAAUUGAGUGAUAGAGUUAUCUAUAUGUUCAAAUUUGCUAGAUACCGUUAAACAGUUUUCCAAAGUAGUUGUGCCAUUUUACACUCCCACCAGCAAUCCACAUCUUUGCUAAUAAUUUUUUUUUAUUUUAAUGUUUGUUUGUUUGUUUAUUUAUUUAUUUUGAGAGAAAGAGGCAGAGAGAGGGGGAGACAGAAUUCCAAACGGGCUUUGCGCCAUCAAUGCAGAGCCCAUUAUGGGGCUAGAACCCAUGAACCAUGAGAUUAUGACCUGAGCUGAAAUCAAGAGUCGGAUGCUUAACUGACUGAGCCACCCAGGCACCCUUUUGCUAAUACUUGGAAAUGUCAGUCUGAAUUUUAGCCAUCCUACUGGAACAUCUAUGAUUACCGUCUUCUGUAAGUCCAGCUGUUUCAAGAAUUCACCGAAGGAACCAAGUAGGAUUUUCUUACAUCAUGACUUAAUCUGAAUGCAAGAACAAGAAAUAGGUUUUAUCUCUAAAUAUAAUGAAGGGCUGUGUGUAAACACAGACCCUGACUCAAUUCUAAUGAGCAUUUUAGACAUGAGUUUACAUCGGCAAAUGGGUUCAGAUCGUGAUCUUCAGUCUUCUGCCUCAUCUGUGAGCUUGCCUUCAGUGAAAAAGGCACCCAAAAAGAGAAGAAUUUCAAUAGGCUCUCUGUUUCGGAGAAAAAAGGAUAACAAACGUAAAUCAAGGGAGCUAAAUGGCGGGGUGGAUGGAAUUGCGAGCAUUGAAAGUAUACAUUCUGAAAUGUGUACUGAUAAGAACUCCAUUUUCUCUACAAAUACCUCCUCUGACAAUGGAUUAACUUCUCUCAGCAAACAAAUUGGAGACUUCAUAGAGUGCCCUUUGUGCCUUCUGCGGCAUUCUAAGGACAGAUUUCCUGAGAUAAUGACUUGUCAUCAUAGAUCUUGUGUGGAUUGCUUACGACAAUAUCUAAGGAUAGAAAUAUCUGAAAGUAGAGUUAAUAUCAGUUGCCCAGAAUGUACUGAACGGUUUAAUCCCCAUGAUAUUCGCUUGAUAUUAAGUGAUGAUGUCUUGAUGGAAAAAUACGAAGAAUUUAUGCUUAGACGGUGGCUUGUUGCAGAUCCUGAUUGUAGGUGGUGUCCGGCUCCAGAUUGUGGAUACGCUGUGAUAGCAUUUGGAUGUGCUAGCUGUCCAAAAUUAACUUGUGGGCGAGAAGGCUGUGGAACAGAAUUUUGCUACCACUGUAAACAAAUUUGGCACCCCAAUCAGACCUGUGAUGCUGCUCGGCAAGAGAGAGCCCAGAGUUUACGUCUGAGAACUAUACGUUCUUCAUCCAUUAGUUAUAGUCAAGAAUCUGGAGCAGCAGCUGAUGAUAUAAAGCCAUGUCCACGAUGUGCUGCUUAUAUAAUAAAGAUGAAUGAUGGGAGCUGUAAUCACAUGACAUGUGCUGUCUGUGGUUGUGAGUUUUGUUGGUUAUGUAUGAAAGAAAUCUCAGAUUUACAUUAUUUAAGUCCAUCAGGUUGUACUUUUUGGGGGAAGAAACCCUGGAGCCGAAAGAAGAAGAUAUUGUGGCAGCUGGGGACACUUGUUGGUGCUCCUGUAGGAAUUGCUUUAAUAGCUGGCAUUGCUAUCCCUGCAAUGAUUAUUGGCAUUCCUGUCUAUGUGGGCCGUAAGAUUCACAACCGAUACGAAGGCAAGGACGUUUCAAAGCACAAACGGAAUUUGGCCAUAACAGGUGGUGUAACAUUGUCUGUAAUAGUAUCUCCAGUUGUAGCUGCAGUAACUGUAGGUAUUGGUGUUCCUAUUAUGUUAGCCUAUGUCUAUGGUGUUGUUCCAAUUUCUCUCUGUCGAAGCGGAGGUUGUGGAGUCUCAGCAGGCAAUGGAAAAGGAGUCAGGAUUGAAUUUGAUGAUGAAAAUGAUAUAAAUGUUGGUGGAACUAAUACAGCUGUAGACACAACUUCAGUAGCAGAAGCAAGACACAACCCUAGCAUAGGGGAGGGAAGUGUUGGUGGUCUGACUGGCAGUUUGAGCGCGAGUGGAAGCCACAUGGAUCGAAUAGGAGCCAUUCGAGACAACUUGAGUGAAACGGCCAGUACCAUGGCUCUGGCUGGAGCCAGUAUAACAGGGAGUCUGUCAGGAAGUGCCAUGGUAAACUGUUUUAACAGGUUGGAAGUACAAGCAGAUGUACAGAAAGAACGGUACAGUCUAAGUGGAGAAUCUGGCACAGUCAGCUUGGGAACAGUUAGUGAUAAUGCCAGCACCAAAGCAAUGGCAGGAUCUAUUCUGAAUUCCUACAUCCCGUUGGACAAAGAAGGCAACAGUCUGGAGGUGCAAGUAGAUAUUGAAUCAAAGCCAUCUAAAUUCAGGCACAACAGCGGAAGUAGUAGCGUGGAGGAUGGCAGCGCGGCUCGGAGUCAUCCUGGUGGUUCAUCCAGUGGCUUGCCUGAAGGUAAAUCCGGUGCCACCAAGUGGUCCAAAGAAGCAACAGCAGGAAAGAAAGCAAAAAGUGGUAAAUUGAGGAAAAAGAGUACCAUGAAGAUAAAUGAGACCAGAGAGGACAUGGAUGCACAGUUGUUAGAACAACAAAGCACGAACUCAAGUGAAUUUGAGGCUCCAUCCCUGAGUGACAGUAUGCCAUCUGUAGCGGAUUCGCACUCUAGUCAUUUUUCUGAAUUUAGUUGUUCUGACCUAGAAAGCAUGAAAACUUCUUGUAGUCAUGGUUCCAAUGAUUAUCAUGCCCGCUUUGCUACUGUUAACAUUCUUCCUGAGGUAGAAAAUGACCGUCUGGAAAAUUCUCCACAUCAGUGUAGCAUCUCUGUGCUUACCAAAACUGCUUCGUGUUCAGAAGUUCCACAGUUGAAUCAUAUUGCUGAAGAACAUGGUAACAAUGGAAUAAAACCCAGUGUUGAUUUAUAUUUUGGUGAUGCACUAAAAGAAACAAAUAAUAACCACUCACAUCAGACAAUGGAAUUAAAAGUUGCAAUUCAGACUGAAAUUUAGGCCUAUAAAUGCUGCAAAUUAAUUACCACUGAACAACCUUGUUGGGAGCUGGUUGAACUACAUGUGACUACUUUAAGUUUCAAGUUACCAGCAAAUGCCAGGUUGCAUAAUCUAAUGCAGAUACAUUUUCUGUGUUCAGCAAAGCAUUGUGUUUCAUGUGGAUCUUAAUUACCAAACUAUGAAAUGAAGGCUUUAAAAAGUGCAUUAUUGUAAGGACAAUAAUUAAGAGAAGUAUGUUUUGUGUGUUCACCACAAAACAAUGCUUGAAGCACAUACUGUGUAUUUAGAUAGAAAUUUGGCUUAAUUUAUAAUCAGUAUAAAGUACUAAUGCAAUUAGAAACAUUCUUAUGAAGAAAACUUGAGGCUUAGAGAUAAGUGGUUAGUGACAUUUUAUUGAAACCACUAAAGGAUACUGUUUAAAGAACUUUGCAGGUUACUCUCAGUAUAUGAUCCUCUUUGUAACAUUUCUAUUCAUAACUGAGCAUAAAUUUCAUUUUUUUUCUUCAUAUGCAAUGUGGAUAUAUAAAGCUUAAUGCAGCCCAUUUGCUACCAUUUGGAUACUUAGACACUCUGAGCAAGAUUGUGGCAGUUUUUGCACAACUUUGAAAUAGAAAUACCUGGUACUCUCUCUAUAUCUUGCAUCUUGCUGUUGGCAUCUUAGAAGCAAAGCGUAAAAGUAGGUAAUUAAGUAUACUGACAGCACCAAAUAAGAUCUAUAAAACUACAAAAUACAAUUCCAUUAGUUUAUAAGUAUUACAAAAAAGUCACCUUCUACCAAGGGGACGUUUGCACCCCAUUGAUUCUUGGUGCCUUUGGAAUAGACUGGAUUUUAAGGGCCUAGUUGUUUGAAGAUUUUGCUAUAUUGUUUUCCAUAGUGUCCUCUCUAGCCACUUUGGAUUAUGUAGACAAAUACAAGAUAGAUAAACAUGAUUAAUAAUAACAACGCUGAAAAAGUAUUAGCCUACCAAAGACACACUCAGGCUUCAGUGAUUACAUAACCUCAGUUUUUAACACAUGCAUAUCUUCUCUGAUCAUGAGCUCAAAGCACGGUGCAGAGUUUGUACCAAGUACUGAGGAGGGGAUCCGUGUAUGGCUGGCUUUACUUUCUUUUGCUUUUGUUUAUGGAGGGUGGUCAGCUGACAUAAACAGAAGUUGGCCAAAAUACUGCCUAUACUGUUAAUUCACUUAUAUAAAACAGGUUAACCUCAAUGAUAGCAGUUGAAAUGUUCCAUCUUAAGUGUUUCUGUUAAGUAUUACCAUUAUGGUGCUACUGAGCGUUUUCUUUUGAUAAAAAGAAAAAUGCCCUGGGCUGCAGUCUUCUUCCAUCACUUGUUCUCACCAGGUCCAUUAAUAUGCUUAUAACACUAGUGCCAGUUAUUUUAUUUGAUAAUGCUUAUUAUGGUAUUUGUAUAUUUGUUUGCAUUCCAGUUUUGUUCAACAGUGAGUGUGUAAACUGCAUACAUUAAAUAAAUGUAAAUACUAAUGUA